ACGUGGAGGCCGUUUCCCUUGAACCAUGAAGAGCGAUCCGUAGGUAUUCCAUAAAAUUCACAAUGAUAGAGUAUGCAACUGAGCUCCCCCCAGCCUUGACUCGUUUUGGGACUUUGUCAAAGCGAAGCGGAAGCUUAUCUCUACUACGUAGGCUAGCUCACAAUGCACGGAACUUCCAUUUAAGUGUAAUUACAAAGUAUUGUGUUACAAGUAACAAAGAAUUCUCUCCUUAGCAAGUCACGAGAAGGCAAGGAGCCUAUGGACA